AUGCGGCACAUAUCCAGUGUCAACCAAUAGUAGAAUCUGAUGGGCAGCUACCAGCCAUUUUAGAGCUAUGGCGUAGGGAAAGUGGAGGCCCGUUCCAUGAGGAAGAUGAAGAAAUCGCCUCCAGUUAUUUGGUGUGGGGUGGAAUAGGACUACAUUAUGCUCAACUAUACCUCAAUAUGAAUCAACAAAAAACCCUGAACGAUUUUCUUCUUGCUGUUGUGAAGUCAAUUUUCCAGAACAUGGUCAGCAUUGACUCCCUUGUGAUAAAGAUAAUGAAUUUCGCCCAGAAACUAGUCGAUGCAGACAGAGCAUCUCUGUUCUUGGUAGAUUCGAAGAACGCCGAACUGUAUGCCACCAUUUUUGAUGUAGGGGUAGAUGCAGUUGAUAAUAGUGAUGAAAUAUCGUUCGAUAGCUGUGUUUCAGAAAGCGAAGAACUGAAACUAUAUACUUCGAGAGAGAUAAGAUUUCCUUUAGGAACUGGCAUCGCUGGUCACGUAGCGUCCACGGGAGAAAUUUUAAACAUCAAGGAUGCUUAUGCUGAUCCGAGAUUCAAUCGUGCAGUUGAUCAGCUAACAGGAUAUACCACUCAUACUAUCCUUUGUAUGCCAAUUUUCAUCAGAGGAUCUAUCAUAGGAGUGGUUCAGAUGGUUAACAAACAUAAAGGAAAUUUCACGAAAAAUGAUGAGGAAGCUUUUGAAACAUUCGCGGUUUACUCUGGAUUGGCCCUCCAUCAUGCCAAACUCUAUGAUAAAAUUCGAAAGUCAGAACAAAAAUACAAGGUUGCUCUAGAUGUUCUGAGUUACCACAACACUUGUACAGAAGAAGAAUACAGAACCACUUUGGCAAAAGGGAUCCCGAAGGAAAUCGCAGGUAUCGAUGACUAUUACUUCAAUCCUUUCGAGCUGAAGGAUUUCGACAAAGCCAGACACGCGAUGUAUAUGUUCAACGAUUUAUUCGGAUGCAAUGGUUUCGACCAAAACUGCCUGCUGAGAUUCAUUUUGACGGUCCGCAAAAACUACAGAAGGGUGCCGUAUCACAAUUGGACUCACGGGUUUUCCGUAGCCAAUAGCAUGUUUUGUAUACUCAAGCAUUCCCGGGGAGCUUUUGAAAGGAAUGAGGUUCAGGUGAUUUUUGAAGAGUUUUAUGACCAAGGAGACGCAGAACGAGCUGCCGGAAGAAAUCCCAUCCCUAUGAUGGACAGAAAUCGACCUGAAGAGCAGCCUGCAAGCCAAGUUGGAUUUUUGACUGGUAUCUGCAUUCCCUGUUACGAUCUUCUUCAUACGUUGAUACCCGAAACCAAAGCGUUACUUGAAAUGUGCAAGCAAAAUUUGGAAAAGUGGAAGAAAAUUGAUAUGGAGUUCGCCAAACAAUAAGGCGCAUGAUGCAGGAUGUGAAAGUGGAGCUGUAGAUGAAGAAUUCAUGCACUUUUAGGAGUGAUGUUUGAAAUAUCCUCACUCAGAGCUGAUAUGAUGUUUUGUAUUUCCAUAGUUUUAAUCAGUUCUUUCAGAAUCUCUUACCACAGUAUUGUUUAAUGUUUAGUUGCACAUUGAUAUGCCUAAUUUAUGUUUUUGAAUGCAUUUUAAAGAAACUAUUGCCUCUGAAAAAUCUAGUAUUACACAUGCACAAUUCUUUCGAAGAGAAAAAUAUCUAAUGUGACGUAGUAUUUAUUUUCAACUAUAUUUUUCAACGCAAUAGGCCAGACGUUAUUUUCCCUCAAAAAAUUAAUAAUAUACCUUAAAUUGCGAAUGACGUGAUGGCAUGGUCUAUUUGAAAGUAUUUAUUUCUA